AGAACCGUGGCUUCAGAGUGCCUCCCCCUCCCUCCCACCGCUGAAGCGAGAGGGUGUGGGCGCGCACUACUUUGUCAGGACCGUCGGGGGCUGCCGUCGUGAGGGUUCACUGGAGGCGUUUCGGGGUGGUCGGUGGUGGCCGUCAUGUCCCGUCUCUUGCGCGGGGCUUGCGCUCUUGGUGCCCGGGCGCUGUCGCUAGGCCCUGGGCCGCGCUGCUCCAGGAGUUUCUGCUCCGGUGGCGGCGAGUCUGCGGCGGGCAGCUCUUCUCGCUGGGCGGAAAACGGGUGGCGGAGGCGGCCGCUGCUGGCCUGGGGUGCGGGCGCAGUAGCGGCGGCGCUGGCCGGGCUGGGCUUGGCGCGCCGGGCGGAGAUGGAGGAGCAGCGGCGGCAGAGGCAGCAGCCGCGAAAGCUGUCCCGGGAAGAACCCGACGGCGCGAACGACGACGACGACGACGACGAUCUAGAGCGGCUCUGCGAGCGCUUCAUGGCCCCACCGGUGAGCCGGCUGUGCGACCUGCGGGACCGGCGUGGGGACAUGCAGAGCCGCAUGGAGCUGCUCAUCAUGGAAACGCAGAGCCAGGUGUGCAGAGCCCUGGCCCAGGUCGACCGCAGCGCCGCUUUCACCGUGGACCGCUGGGAGAGGAAGGAAGGUGGAGGAGGCAUCAGCUGUGUACUCCAGGAUGGUGAAAUAUUUGAGAAGGCUGGAGUCAAUGUGUCAGUUGUUUUUGGGAACCUUUCUGAAGAAGCAGCUAAACAGAUGAGAAGCAGGGGGAAAAAUCUGAAGUACCACAAUGGAAAGUUGCCUUUUUGUGCUAUGGGUGUAAGUUCUGUUAUUCAUCCGAAGAACCCACAUGUUCCCACUAUACAUUUCAACUACAGAUACUUUGAAAUUGAGGAAGCAGAUGGUAAUAAACAGUGGUGGUUUGGUGGUGGAACAGACCUUACUCCAACUUACUUGAACAAAGAAGAUGCAGUUCAUUUUCACAAAACACUGAAGGAAGCCUGUGAUGAACAUAAUCCUGAGCUGUAUCCAAAGUUUAAGAAAUGGUGUGAUGAAUAUUUUUACAUCAAACACCGUGGAGAACGACGAGGGAUUGGUGGCAUAUUUUUUGAUGACCUGGACUCACCUUCAAAAGAAGAAGCCUUUCAGUUUGUGCAGAGUUGUGCCAAAGCCAUUGUGCCUUGUUACAUUCCUAUUGUGAAGAAACACUGCCAUGACACAUUCACCCCAGAAGAAAAAUUGUGGCAGCAGAUCCGUAGAGGAAGAUAUGUGGAAUUCAAUCUUGUUUAUGACAGAGGAACAAAGUUUGGUCUUGCAACACCAGGAUCACGAAUUGAAAGUAUUCUUAUGUCUUUGCCACUCACUGCCAGGUGGGAAUAUAUGCAUUCACCUCCACAGGAUUCCAGGGAAGCAGAAAUCUUAGAAGUUUUGCGCUAUCCCAAAGACUGGGUUCACUGACAGCUGGUAUUAGAUGUAUAUAAACAGCCAUGAGAGAAAGGACAUGAACACUUCCCACAUGCUGUUCAAACUGUCAUUGUGUGGCAGUUAAUUUUUGUCUACUUAUUUUCUUACCAUGUGCCUUAGAAAUACUGUUAAAUUUUACUAUAUACAUGUGUUCUUUUUAAAAGCUACGGGCUGCUCCAUUUGCAGUUUCUUGUGUAUGAUUCCCUGAUGUUGUGUAAUAUUACUGCAAAUGCAGAUAACUUGGGGAAAAUAUGGUAUGAUGAGGUGCACUGAAAAUGUGAUCAGCAUAACUUGUAAUGUUGCACACUGCUUAAGGUUUAGACUGCAAGCUGCUCUCUGAGGCCAAGCAGGCAGUUAUUUACCUUGCUAAUUGAAACAUUUAUUUACAGAAUUCUCUCUAGCCUAUUUUACUUAAGAGUUGCCGCUAGUGUUUGCUACAACUCUGAAGUCAGUUUCUGCUGUGUUGAGUAAUUUAUUUUGAAGUCAGAUGUUCAUCCCUGCAACCUGUUAUAAUUUGUCAAAUGUGUACUAUGGCAGGAAACUAUGCAGUUAGGAGAAAACUAGAGCAAGUUUGUGAAGAAAAAACAUGUGUAAUACAGUAGUUUCCUGUCACUGGUUAAAUGAUCUUGGUGAACUAUGGCCAUACAGUUCAGAAAGCUUAGGAGAAGGAUCUGUUGCUGUCCAGGAGGUAUCCAGCCUAUAUGUUUGCAACACAGCAUUUUUGAAGGGAAAUUAGUAUGCUUUGUUUCUGGCACAGAUCUUGUUUUAACCAAACAUAAUUAUGUUUCAUUAGAAAUGGCUUUGUAAAUGCAAAGCCUGGAAAUGCAAAUCUGUUAAGAGUUUUAUUGAUUAAAUUGAUCUAUCCCAACUUUUUCCCUCUUGCAAAGAACCCCAAGUGGCUUACUUGAUUCUCCUGCUCUCAAUUUUAUCUUCAGAAGAAUCUUUUGAGGUAGGUUAGGCUGAUUAUUAGUGACAGGCUCAAAUCACCUGGUAAACUUUGUAACUAAGAAGGGUGUAGAACCCAGAUGAGUGUGAGUCUCAGGCCUACACAGGUUCUGAAACUGAAAUAAAACUGAAUAUUCAUGGAAAUGAUGGCCAAAGUUAAGUUGUACCAUCAGAAUGUCAACCAUUGUUCACCAUUUUGCUGUUGCCUAUAUGCAAAACGUACGUGAAAACAUGAAAAGUUCAAGUUCCUGUAAAAUAAGUUAACUGCUGCUACCACCACCACUACUGAUUAAUGUUUAUAUAUCAUACAUGCACAAGUAUUUGGUGUUUGCUUAUACAUUCACUUAAUAAUGAAGCUUUGGUAAGCCAAGUGCUAGAUAGUCCAAGAAGAAAAGCUUCAGUGAUUAGAAUGUAUGAAUUCUGUUUUAAGAUUUCUGACUCCCAUCAGUAACGUUCAUAAUUUACUCUUUCCUUAUCAAAAGAUAUUCCUAAUGUCACUUUGAAAAUUGUACUGCUUUUCAGCUAGAAGCAGGCCUCAAAGAAUUAAAAUGAAAAUAAAAGUAUCAAUUCAUCCUGUAGGGGUUGGCAGAAUUCACUAUAACAAUAUAUAGUUUAACUUCAUCUGUGGAUAUGGAGAAAGAUACUGAACAUCUGUUUAAUGUUGUUAAAGAAUCUGGUAAUGUCUAGGGUAAAACUGAAACAGACCUCUUACACAGCAAGUUUAUAACAAAGGAUAUUUUGAUCUUAUCCCAGGUUGAUCAAUCUUACCAAACUUAGAAAAUUGCACCUGUCAUCAUGAAUGCUUUGUAUGAAGCAUUAAGUGGUUAUAGAUGAAAAUAUUCUACGGCCACCUUUCCCAAUCAUGUGACUCUGGAUCUGGACUAGAGUGAUAGAAGAUGUCUUCUAGCACAUCUGGAGGGUAUUGAAUAGGUACCUGUGUUUCAGUACUUCUUAGGUUGCAGUGGAGAUCAUACUUUUUUGUGAUGACAGAAUCUGUUUUUUUCUGUCUGAAUUGUUCAAAGUUGUUAAGAAUAAUGGACCAGUCUUAGAUACCUACAGCACAGAUGUAAAAUCUCUGGAAAUAUGGAAACCAAGAUUUGGAUGUAAGAAACUGAUCAUGUUCUCUUGAUUUUUAGAAUGAACCAGAAAUGUUUGGAAAACUGAAAUGUAUACAUUACUUACUAUUGUACCAAACUGCACCUUGCUUUACUGUUUGAGGAGCAUGAAAUAUACUGAGUUGGAUCCAUACUAAUUGGACCUCAGUUCCAUUGAAAUCAAUAGAAUUUAGUUAAUGAUUGGUGUAUUUAGGAAAUUUAAAUGUAUACAUGUAUUAAUUUAAUGCAGUCGGUCCCUCAACUUGUACAGUGGGCAGGAUCCAGCAAGAUCAGCAGAACUCUGUGUGUAGCUGCUUCUCUUCCACAUGGCCCCCUGCCUAGCUGCUUCUGAGGGAUAAGGAACCCCUUGCAAUGGUCUAUGGUGGAUAUUAGGGGCUGCAGUGAAAUGGGGAAAUGGAUAGAAUUUAGCAUGGCUCAUUUGCACAAGCAGAAGUGCCUUUUCAGUCAUGCAAUGCAUCUCCAGAUUCAAGCCUAAUUAUCUUUCUAAACAUCACUCAGUUUUUGUCAGUUGGAACAAUAAGAAUGAAAGGACAGUUGAAGAAAAUCACCAAUAUUGAGGAAUAGAUAUGACAGUGCCUGGGCUUGAGUGGACUGGCCUAAAUUCAAAGGCCAAUGCAACAAAUUCCAUACACCCAAGGAGGCUAUGGGUUUCUGUGGGCCCUAGCUUUCCAUAGCAUUUUUAAAAAAAACUUGGCUCCAAUUCUAUAAGUUGACUGUGAUGUGGUAUUAGGAUAUUAAACAAUCAACCUAGGGAUGCACAAGGUUUUCAGUACCCCUAUACACAGACUUGGAUAUUAUGCAGAAACUAAGGCAACUCUAUUUUUGAGAGAGAAAAGACAUCUCUAUUAUGUUAAGAAUAGCAAUAAAUUUGGAUAUUCAUUAGACUGUUUUUUAAAAACAGUAAAUCAUACACUGGAAAGGUGAAAUUCUGUGCAUACUCACUUAAGAGUAAACUGUUGGAACUCUAAGACACUUCUGAAUAAAUAGGCAGAGGAUGUUUUGCUUUGAUCUUUAUGGGUUUCAGAAAAUUGAAGAUUUGUAUGAAUUGAGAUAAGCUUCUCAACUUUUUAUAUGUUUCUUCUUUCAUUAUGUGUAUCUUCAAGCAUUUCUCAGUUCACAGUCGAUACAGAAGAUGCAGCAAUCUAGAGCAUGAGAGAAGUAAAUAGAUUCAGAGAUUGUGUUGUAUAAUGUUUAGUAGCUUUCCAGAUUAGAACAUUAAAGUGAUUAAACCAUCAUAUAAACCAUCCUAAGCGUAAUUUGACCAUAGGAAUGGUAUAAAAAUGCUGUAAACAAAUAAAUAAAUAAAUCUGUUUAUAUGCCUAAACGUUUUAUACACAGGGCAUUCAUUGUACACUUGUCAUUCUUUACUCGUGCUUGUUUAUGCGUGACCUCCAGUUUUACUUUGGCUUUUUAAGACAUCUUUCAGUCUGGGGUGGGGGGGAUUGGAGAGAGAAAAUGGAAUAUUAUUGGUUAAGAUGAAAAAUAACAUAUUUUCUACUUGCACAAUUGCAAUAUUCUGCCAUAACAGAACACUGCCUAGAAGAUAUGAAACAGAAAAGCAGAAAAGAAAAAGCUAUGUCUAAAAAUCUGAUCUUAGUUCUGCAGAGAAACUGAAAGUAGGUAAAGCAGUGUAACAGCCUUAUGCAGAAAACCUACAAAAACCAUUUUGUAAUAUUCGAAAUUACAUUUACCACUCUCCUGUUGAGUUUUCUAGUUAAAUUCAAGAGGAAUGUCAUUACUAAUGUUACUAGCUUUUGUUUUUUAGAUCUCUGAAAUUUGUAAUAGCAUUAAUUUGCAAAAAAAUGUUUUAAGACAAUGCUGAUAAAUUCAAAGAAUAUUGUUUGUGUUUGUUGGCAAUUUCCUUGGGAUUUUCAGUUUUCAAUAUUAUCUCUUUAUCUUGAAAGAUAAGGGUAUAUUUCUCCCUUGCUUCUUCCCCUAACCCCCAAUUUUAUUCUUUUCAGAGCAACCUUCCAUCUCUACCUAGGAAUUGGUAAAACUAACGCUUUUUUCUGGGCCAUCAGAAAAUGAUGCUGUUGUUAAAACACUUUUGACAUUCAUUUCUGGGGAAAGCGGGACUUUGAGUUCUGUACUGUAAAACCAAAACUGUGAAUAAAGCAGCUGGACUACAA